AUGACUUCGACAUCUACAGACGUUGAGGUGUCCGACGCCAACGAUAGCAUGAAUACAACAUCAACAAUAACAACUACAGCUGCACCUGCAAAGGAUGACUUCUAUCUUCGUUAUUAUAUUGGACACAAAGGCAAGUUUGGUCAUGAGUUCCUCGAGUUUGAGCUCAGGUCAGGCAACAAGCUGAGAUACGCCAACAACUCAAAGUACAAGAGCGAAACAAUCAUCAGGAAAGAAGUAAGCGUUAGUGAUUCAGUAACAGGUGUAAUAAAGAAGAUCGUCAAGGACUCUGGCAUCAUGAUGGAAGAGGACACGAAUUGGCCAGAGCCUGAUGUUGUCGGCAAGCAAGAGCUUGAGGUUGUAUAUAACGACGAGCAUAUUUCAUUCACUACAACAAAGAUUGGAUCACUGCUAGAGGUUGAGAAGAGCAAGGACCCAGAGGGAUUGAAGGUGUUCUUUUACUUGAUACAGGACUUGAAGUGUUUAGUCUUCUCUCUGAUUGGACUGCACUUUAAGAUCAAACCAAUCCAGAAUUAG